CGCGAUUGGAUCUGAGAGUUUUGAGCUGCAUGAAGUUAGUAGUAGAGUCCAUUGACGAUUAGGAGAUGGCAAAUCUUUACAAGAAUCACCGUGUUGACGAAGAAAAGCAUACACGUCUACUUUUCCAAAAGUUAAAGUGCUAGUGAGUAUUAUUGAGGAACUAUCUUUGACAGGGAAACGAAGCUAUGAUUUGCAUUUGGCUUAUGAACCAUUUCAUACAAUGAUGCUCAAGAGCUGAACCAUGGAAAGACCCCAACCAGACCCCUCUGUUCCGGGGAUGGGUGGCGAUUCGUUUGAAUGGACCCCCGAAGCCUAUGAAGAGCUCCGAUUAUGUCGCAACCGGGCCUAUGCCAAAUCCAACAACAAACGGAGACAGCAUUUGCCGGCUUCGUUGUCGGCUUUCCUCCAGAAGGAAUGGACCGCUUCCCACCCCGGCGGGGUGAAAUUAACCGGCCGAUUCUUGCUCAAUGCCUAUGUGCAACACUUUGAGGCCCCCAUGAGAGAGAAGAAGCGACACUUGUUUGGAGGAAGAAAGCGGGUGCCCCCUGGGGUCAAUCAUCCCAAGGGAAACAAGGCAGUUCAGCCCGCUAUCGCCACGGCUCAAGGAUCCGAUGCACUCGAAGACAAUAAUGGUGAUAAGCAAUGGAGUGACAGCAUGCUCAAGGCUCUUGUGGCCUGUUCUCAACGAGCGGAAUUGGUCGUAGGGGAACCCAACUCGAGCGAUUUCUCGACGGCGUUGUUGGACGAAUGGAAGAAGAUCUACCCGGAAUCGACUUUCACGGCUCGGAACUUGAAAUCCCGCUUGAUGAUUUACAAUCAAACUCGUGCGGAACUCCCUCCUCCGGCUAAGAGAACACGUUCCGAUGAUGGUGAGGAAGCCGAGGAAACUGAGGAAGCUGGCGAUCAAGGAUCCACUCAGAGUGAGGAAAUCCAAUCGAGUGUGAGCUUAGACUCGGAACUCCAAUCCACCACCCUGGCCGAUGUCGAAGAUGAGUUUGCUCCGUCCAAGUCACCCGCAGCCAAUUCUGACCCAGAGGCAUCGAAGGUCUGCCAGAAGCAUGUGCUACAUAUGUUUAAGGACCCCGACGAUUCCAUUGCGUGCAUACUAACUGAGCAGAUGCUUCAGAUACGAAAUGAUCUUAGAUCCUCUUUCCCCGGUUGUGAUCUCUUUUAUCCCAAAAAGCCCAAAGGGUUUUCAGGUCUGAUGCUCAAGACGUGGAGAAGUCAUUAUCCGAAUUCGGAUGAAAAUAUCAAGUCUGUGACGGUCAAGUUCCUGAAAUACGACACUGCUGCUUUUGCCACACGCAAGUUCGCGGAACCUUUUAAAGAUUCCGUCUGGACCGAUGAAAUGCUUCAAGACAUCAAAAAGUCAAGGGACUAUGCGGAACAAAAGUGUGGGGCAGGGGCGACUUCGCAUAUGAUCACGCGGCAUUGGAAGAAAGCGUGGAAAGCCAUAUAUCCGAAGUUGGACUUGGACUGGAAAUCAAUUGUGCACCAAUAUCAAACCCAUUAUGGAGGAGGCUACUCCAUGCAGACUGAGAACAGCAAUAGUAGUCGAGUCGGUGGAGUCAAUGGGGACAAGACUUCAUUUUUAGAGGAUCCGGACGAAAAAGUAAAGGGCUUCAGACACUGGACAUCGAAAACCAAGCAAGAUCUUCUUGAGACCAAAAGACGGGUGAUGGAAGAAUAUCCGGAUUUGGAACCGGGCUGUUCCGAGUUCAAUCGCCUCCUUUUGCAACAAUUCACCAAAGUUCACCCCAAGUGUAUGGAAAGUACGAGAAGUAUCUUUUCCAAAGUCCAAUCCAUAGAGAAAGAAGAAGCCAAUAACGUGCAAUUCCCCAUCGCAGACUCAAACUCCCAUCAAGUGCAAUUUUACUCUCGAAAUGGUAGCACUUCGCUCUCACCCACAAACGGAGCCGAAGCGUACCCAAGCGCAUUGUUCUCCGACCGAUUGAGCGAGUCGACCUUUGAAAACGAUGCUGACUUGAAGAUCUCACCGAACGGGAAGGGUUGGAAGGGUUCCGGGGAAAGGACGGGCUCCAAUGAUAAGGAAAACGAAAUGGACAGUCAGUCGAACGCGCGCUUAGUCGCAAAUGAAGGGAUGGAUCUUGAUUAUGAAGAUCAGGGAAGACCCGAGGAUCAGGCAGUGGCUGGGAAACUUGACUCUGCGCCCGGAAUUGAAGGUUUUGAAGGUUGGACUCUUCGAAUGAUCCGAGAUUUUAUUGCUUGCAUGGAUACAGCUCGGCGAAAAUAUGCCAUUCUGAAGGAGAACGAUCAGGACGGCUCCAUCAAGUUGGUGCCCUUGCUUUUAGAAGAGUGGAAACGCAUACAUAAAGAUUCUGUCGAAUCGGUGGCCUCGUUCCUGGUGAAGAUCAAGCACUUGAAACUGCAGAAAGAUGUGAUAAAAAAGCACUUGGGACAAUCUGGUUUAUUGCCCAAAGUCGACGGCCUGACGUCCCCUCCCGCCCCUGCCAGUAAAGCAACGACGACCAAGCCUGUCCCGACUCAAGGUGUCCGAUCUCAAAGUGAUGAAGCUUUCAAAUGGCACAAGAGUAUGAUUCGUGACGUGAUUCUAUCCCGAAAACGUGCCUUGCAGUUGAAGAACGAAGGUGUUGCCUCAGGUCGGAAAGUAUCCUUUCAUCUCUUGUGGUCCAGUGAAUUCAAACGGAUUUAUCCGAAUUCCACCUUCACUUCGAAUAAUCUGAGUGUUCAUUUCUGGUCAUGGAGGAAGCAGCAGCAACGCCUUGGCAAGGGAGAUCCUUUGUAUGAUGAGAGUCUUUCGUUGAGUGAUCUCUCCAGACCGAUGUCGUUGAGUGCGGCCAGUAAAAUUCCUCUACCCUCAUAUUGGUCAGCCUUCGAUUUGUCAGAGCUCUUAGAAAUCGGUCGUGAUGUUCAAGAACGAAUGCGGUCUUCUUCCACAUCGAAAGUGGUCAAGUCCAGGGGAUUUCCCGCCCUACUUCACUCAGAGUGGAGUCGUAGUCGGUCCAAUAGUCACUCGGAAUCUCCCAAGUCGUUGCAUCAAAUCUUUCAAAACCUGGUGAGGCGGGGGGGUAAAAUUCCCAAGGAUGAAAUAGCUAAAGCAGUGGCCAAAACCAAAUGGAAGAUCAAAUACCAGAAGAUGCUUCGGCAAUGCAUUCAAGUGAUGAAUCCGGAGAGCACGGACUUUGUGUCAUCCGUGAUUGGACAUUGGAGAGCGGCUUUUCCCUCGGCUCAAGUGACAGAUGAAGAUCUUUUCCAAAGAGUCAAAGAUAUCUGCCCUCAGAUUAGUUCAGAAAUUCCGUCCAGACAAAUUAGCCGCUCUUCGAGUGCGGAUCAGAACCUCCACGGAACCGGAGAUCAAGUGCGAGCUCCCAAUGCUCGUGGUCAGAUGUGUUGGAACAAACAAACCAUUCGCGAUUUGUUCUUGGCCCACCAGGUGGGAUUGGAGCGGAGAAGACAUCUUUUGCAGACCAUGGCCAAGAAAGAUGUUCCUCAUUUGUCGUCGUUGGUGUUGGAUGAAUUCCUCAAGUUGCACCCCUAUUGCAAACUCAGUCCUGCAAUCCUGAUGGCCAAGUGCUACUGUUGGAAGAAUGCAGUGAAUAAGGGCACUCUGGAUGUUCUUCUCGAUGACUCGAUGUGUGCUCUGAAAUAUUUGGAAUCUCGUCCCGCUGAGUUAGAUGCCUGUCCGGCAGAGAUUGCGAAUCUGGAGCGAUUAGAAGCCAGAUCCUCGGACAUAUCUUAUCGAACGUGGACCAAGCAAAUGAUCGAGUCUAUGCUUCAGGCCCGAAAGAAAGCGCUCUUACUCAAGAAAGACUCGGCUCCAGUGAAGAAAAGUGCGUCGCUGUUGGACAUUUGGUAUGACGAGUUCAAGAAACUUCAUCCGGAAUCGAAUUGUACGAAGCGAAACUUGUGGCGAAAGUACAAGUGGUAUCUGAAAAAAGUGAACAAUUCGGGAAGCGACUUGGGGUCUUCCAUAGAGUUGGCCAAUCAGCAUUCCAUGGAAUCCCACCAGACCUACCAGAACAUACAUAUCCGCAAAGAUGUGACCAUUCACAUCAAAACUCUCAUGGAAGAGGCCCGAAUUUUCCUUCCACCCAAGCUCCCCAAAGAGGCUGAAUUAAAACGGGCUGGAUUUUACAAGUACACCACUGCCACUUCAGUACCUGGAACAUCCUUUCCCCCUGGAGCUUCUGUUGCCAUUCCGGUCUCUAGCCUGGCUGGUAAAAGUGCCCCUUCAUCCCCUCUGAUUCUCCCACCCGGAGCCAUUUUCUUGCCCACUUCCGUUGGUCAACUACAAGGUCAUUCUCAAGUGUUCAUCAAUGGGAAGGGCAGGACUGGAGGCAAUUUGUUGAAAAUCCAAGCGGCUGAAAUGCAACCUGCAUCCGAAGGAUCUAGUCCUCCCGUUCAAGAGAAGGAGGCUCUUGGAGCUCCACAGGGAGAGUGCGCUGAGAAGAGUGAAGUUCAAGAGGGCAAGAAAGAUACAAUUAAACUACCCGGAGGCGCCACUCUAGUGGCGGUGACUGACCGGAAUGUGGAAGCCCUACUCAAGCCCAAACCGAUCGAGAAGCCCAAUGUGACUAUCACCAUUGGUGAGAAGAAGCUACAGGGCAGCUCCAACGAGAGCUCUCCGGCUCACUCUCCCGGACCCGCAAGUACCACAGUUAUUACUACCUCAGGGGGAGGGAUCAAAACGAGUAAAACUGCGAUAACACGGCAACCCAUCAUUCUACCCAUCAACGUGCCUAAGUUCACAGUGCCAGGUGCGCCCAUCUCCUCAACGGGGUUCGCCCAAUUAAGUCCGAUCAAAAUUCAUGCCACAGGUCAGAACAAUGCCACUCUCAAGCAGCCUUUGACGUUCGUGAGUCUGUCCCAGGCCAAUGGAGUCCUGCCCAAUUUAAAUCAAAAAGCCAUCAUCACACCAAUCCGGGUGAAGACCCGUCUCGAGGAAAUUGGCUUAUCCGAAGCCCAAUUCCACGGAUUGUUGUCCAUUUAUGAUAAAGCCCGCCAGGAAUACAUCGAAACCUUGAAGCGUGGCUACUUGGCGUUUUUCCCCUACAUUUUGGGUAAUCUGUGGCGGAGAAAGUAUCCCCAACAACCCGUUCCCGGUCGAAAAUUGACCACUGUGGUGGACAUGUACAUCGAUGAGCGGUCUAAGAACGACGCGGUGACUCCCGAAUAUCUAACGAAAAAUCCAUGUCAGUUUCGCAUGAGCGAGCAAGUUCUCCGGCAAGUGUUGGCUCUCUACGAUGAAUGUCAAAAAGAUCUGGAAGAAGAUGAAGAAUUGGAGAGAAAGAAGAAUGAAGCUGAACCCGGCGCUUCUGGAAUGGACGAGGCUAUGAUCUAUGCCGAGCUGUGUCAGCGGUGGCCUCUUCGAUAUCCCGAGAUGAAACUGACCAACAAGCAAUUGGUGAGCAUCCAUCAGCUUCUGACUCACAAUCCUCAAAGAGCAGAGGCCACUCCCGAAACAGCGUUUACCCUCGCUGACAUUUGGCGAAUGAUUGAGAAGUACGAUUCCGGCGAUUCACUCAUCUAUGAAGAAGAAUCAGCACGUAUCGAUGAGGAAGCAAUGCCUGAAGUUGAAUCAGGGACCAUCUAUGACCCAGAAACGCUCAGCAUGGAUCAAAUCCAAGAAUGGCUGAUCGAAACCCAAGGAGUCCAGUCAAAACUAGAAGUCAAGAGAGUCGAAUCGCGCCGGCCUCGGUUCGUUACCAAAAAUGUUCGAUUGUACUGGACCAAAGCGCGGAUUCUUGAUCUAGGAAUGUGCCGAUUACGUGCCAUCCAUCAAUUCCGUCGUUUCAAUCGACAGCAACGGCAUCGAACAAGCAUCCUGAAAUUAAUGAUCUCGGAAUGGAAGCGCAUGUAUCCGAAGUGUACCUUAAAGGCAUCUCAAAUUGCAGCCAAAUGCGCCGCGGAAUUGAGGGCAUUCAAGAGAGCAGAGAAGCAGGAUUUGGACCAAGUUGUUCAGCAAUGGACUCAGCAAUGUGCCGAGUUCUCAAAGAACGAGGAUCAAAAUGAAGUGAUUGAGGCCGGAAUGAAUGACGGAUUACUCGAUGAUGGCUUGGAAGAGGAUGGCUUUUUCUGUGAUAUCAACGGGAAGCCCAGCAAUAUAAAUAGGGUCGCAAGCCUAAGGUUGGUUGGAAAUAGUUCACGAAACUUUCACUACGACGAAGAUGUUUUGGAUUACAUCCGGGAGGUUCAAAGCCUCAGCAAGGGGAAUCAAGCGAUCACUUGGACUCCCGAAGUGAUUUGUGAUCUCAUGAAGGCGCGAGCUCGAGCGAGGAAACGCAUGCGAAAGUUGGACAAGGAAGUUGGAGAAAAUAAUACGGAUAUGAAAAGGCCCAAGGUGGAUGACAUGUUCUUAGAGGAAUGGCAGAAACUUCGACCUGAAUUGGACCACUUUUCCAUCUGGACUUUGUGGGCGUAUUCUCGAAAGUACGAUAACUUGAAGAAGCAACUGAUUUCGGAUCACCAACAAGGAUACUUCAAAGGUUCGGCCGACUCAGCCAAUGGACCUAAGUACAAAGCUGUGUACUUCAACGACUCGCUCAUUCCCAAAUUCGACUUGGAUAUCGUUGAAUGUCUCGACACCUUGAGUGAUCGGGUCAAAGAUCUUUUACGAACCCGGCAGUUUGCCAAAAUUCAAGACGAACUCGAGGGUUCCAAGUAUUCAUUGUCGUAUUUAUGGGAGGAACAAUGGAGAGUUCUCUAUCCCAAGUCUCGAGAAACGGGGUAUGAGCUGCAGCGCCAAUUGUAUUUUUGGGAAUCAUUCGAAGAAAACCUCGAAUUACUCAAGCCUGCGUUAAUCAAAAUGGAACGUGACAAUAGUGAUGAUUUCGAAAGCCGUUUCAAUGCAACCGCCGUCAAAAAUGACCUACCGCCCAUUCCUCCGCGAACUUCAGUGUACCCUGAACUCUCUAAAGACGCCUUCAAUGUGGUGUGCCGAUCUCGAAUCCCACCCAAGUCCAAUUCUCGUCUACCUCCAGAAGAAUGCUUGUUGUAUUGUCAUCGCGAUUUAUUCACUGAGAAACGCGAUCAUUUGGAUCUGCCUGCCAUUGAAGUGACAGCAAUGGAAACCGAUGAUCCCAAUACCGAAGAGUUUGUGGUGAUCAAUACUCCAAAACUGAAGAAAGAAAAAACUCCAGUUCACGUUCUCAGAGACAUCAAAGAUCCUCUAAAAUGUCCCACGUGCGAUACCAAGUACAACAAUGUCAACAAUGCCUUAUACCACAUACCGCUUCACCAAGAUAUUCGUCGAUACCAAGAAAAGACGCCAACUACGACACCGACACUCCACCACCAUUAAAUGGCUUUUCAAAACUGAAAUUGAUCCAACCUCAAGGUUUCUAAUCUCCAAAGCUCUCCCAUCAUGUUCCUUCCCGCUGUCGAAAAAUCCUGUCGGUUAAUUAUGAAGUUAAUUGCGGCUCCCCUGUGCUGAACCAAAAACAAUUGUAUUAUGUAAGUUAAAUCUGGAAGGAAAUUGAAAAUCAAUAAACCGAUAAUAUUCUUGAA